AUAAAAGUCUGACUCUAUUCCAGAUCGUUCUGUCAGGAUCGUUGAUCACAGAAACAUAUAUCAAAGUGAAGCUUCUGCUGAAGUCUGGAGGUCUCUGAGGCUUGGUGACUGUCGGUCCACCAAGUAGUUCUGUCCACUAAUCGCACAUCCUAACAGCAGAAGAGACAGUGUUCUCAGGUAAAGAGGCAGAGCAAUCAAGAGUCUGUUGAGCAUCAUCACAAAACAGCCAAUUCUUCACCCAUCAGUUGACCGAGACAAACACACACCUGUCAGAUCUUCAAAAGACACAUGUUGGUCCACAACUAUUAAAGGCUCUUUUGACUAGUCAUGGCUGACUGGACUCUGCUGGGGAACUUUCUAGAAGAAGUCCAGGAACAUUCCACUUCGGUGGGAAAGGUGUGGCUUACGAUUCUUUUCAUCUUCCGGAUCCUGGUCCUGGGUACGGCUGCCGAGUCCUCGUGGGGCGACGAGCAGGAAGACUUCACCUGCGACACGGAGCAGCCUGGUUGUGAGAACGUUUGUUAUGACAGAGCAUUUCCCAUUGCGCAUAUCCGCUUCUGGGUGCUCCAGAUUGUGUUCGUGUCCACACCUUCUCUCAUCUACAUGGCACACGUGAUGCAUAGUGUCCGCAGAGAGGAGAAGAGGAGGAAAGAGCAGGAAGGAGGAGCACAAACAGACAGAGAUGGAGAAAUGUACCCAGAGGGAGACAAGAACUGUGGGAAGCAGGAUGAAGGCGGAGGUGGGAAGUUGCAAUUGAAGGGUGCUUUGCUACUAACAUACGUAAUAAGCAUCCUCAUCCGCUCUGUAAUGGAAGUGAUCUUCAUUAUAGUCCAGUACCUGAUCUAUGGAGUCUUCCUCAAUGCGCUCUAUGUGUGUAAGGCCUCACCGUGUCCACACCUGGUCAACUGCUACAUCUCGAGACCUACGGAGAAGAAUGUGUUUAUUGUGUUUAUGUUAGUGGUAGCAGCUGUGUCGCUGUUGCUCAACGUCGUGGAAUUGUAUCAUUUGGCGUGGAAGCAGUUUAAGGGUAGUUUGCAAAGAUAUAAGGCUUCCAAACAGCGACUGAAUACACCAUCCACCGUGGCUGCAGUCUCACCAAACCGAGCCUGCACUCCACCUCCUGACUUCAAUCAGUGCCUGAUAUCACCACAGUCUUCCCCUACCAUACAAACACAUGCACACUCACUUAUACACCCAACCUGCCCACCUUUUCAUGACCGACUGGUGCACCAACAAAACUCUGCGAACAUGGUCACCGAAUGCCAUCAAAGUCAAGACUUCUUAGGGGUCAACUUCUUGAGCUUCACGCAUAUACCUACAGAGACGCCCAACGCAUGCACCUCGCCGCCUUUUCUAAGCAUUGAAUCUGUUGGGGACAAGAGAAGGUUUAGCAAGAGCAGCGGGACCAGCAGCCGCAUGAGACCGGACGACCUUGCAGUAUAGCACUGACCAGUCGCAUCUGAAAAAGUGUCACUAGCCAUAAAACUGUUACAAGAUUUUGCACUUGACCUAAUAUUUAUUUCAUUCCUUUCUGAUAGACUAAGCCAGAAUAUUGGUUCACAUGUUUGCACAAAUGAGUAAUGUGAGUGAUGCAUAAAGAGUCAUUCAGCUUUGAAAAGUCAACAUGAGAUUAAAACGGAAUUUCUUUUAUACUUGUUCCUGGUCCUGCAAUGAACACUUCAAUGGUGCAUGUUAUUCUAAAGAAAUCUUCAGAAUUUUUCAUCAGAAUUUAUAAACUUGCUCCAUCUCUGAAAUACCUUUCGUCACUUUGCAUUUUGACUAAUGCAUUGGAAACUGACUGCAUUGUGAAAAAUCAAGCAAA